AUGUCUAACCAGGGAGAAGACUGCUAUUUUUAAUUCUAUUCUACAUGCACUAAAGGUGACAGCUGCCCAUUCUUUCACUGUAAAGCUACACUAGGAAAUGACUGCACAUUGUGGCAAAAAGGUCAUUGUUUUCGAUGGGUGUGCAGAUUUCGCCACAUGGAAAUUGAUAAAAGACGAAGUGAAAUUCCUUGUUAUUGGGAAAAUCAGCCAAUGGGAUGUCAAAAACAAAACUUCGCUUUCCAUCACAACAGAGGGCAUUACAAUGAUGGACUCUCCCUGUCGCCAAGCAGAACUAUGUUACCCACUGGGCCUGAGUUGCAAGAAGAAGUAGAGGCUAGCCAGCUCACAGUUCAAGAGAACAAAAUGUCGGUUCAGUCUAAUCCCUCCCCUUAGCUGCAGAGUGUAAGGAAAGCAGGAAGUUCUCUUCCUGUCCCCAGGCAUCCACCUGCUGUCCUCAAUCUUUUAGAUGAUGAUGAUGAUGAAGAUGAUGAUUCAGUUUCUAAGGAGGGCAAUGAAAGCAAAACACCUGCCCUGCAAUCAACUCCUAAGGUUCAUAAUGGAUUAUGAGUGGCUUCACCCAGAGUCAGUUUUAAGCAAGGUGAAUGUUUGAAUUUUGAAAUAAAGACUCUUGAGGAAAUUAAAUCAAAGAAAAUGAAGAAAAGAUCCAAGAAGCAAGGUGGCUCCUUGGGAGUUUCUAGUGCUUUACAUCAGCCUCAGCCCAUUCCAGGCCCCAAAAAGGAGAAUUGUCAGACUGUGGUGAGGACAUUAACUCUAUCAAGCAAACAAGAAGAGCCCUUGGUUGGACUGAGGCUUACUGAAACAGGGAAACGAAAAUUUUCAGUAGGUGGUGACAGCCCCUUAAAGCAAAGCCUUGUACAGAGGCUGGAGAAAAAUGUAGAAACUCCAUAAACUAACACUGAUAAAACACCAAAGAAAAAAAAAAGUUAUAAAGCUGGUGAGAUCCAUGUGAAGACACUGGAAGAAAUUCUUCUUGAAAGAGCCAGUCAGAAACAUGGAGAAUUGCAAAGCAAACCGAAAACAGAAGAACCUUCACGGGCUGAUGAGUUUCCAUCAAGCAUGAAAAGCUCUUCCUCAGUGUGGAUCAAAACCUUCUCUGAGGUCCUGGCUGAAAAGAAACAUCAACAGCAGGAAAUGAGACAGAAAUCCAAAGAGGAUACAAGUUGCCCCAAGUUGACAGCAGAUACUGACGAGAAAAAGACUGUGAGUCUACCACCUCUUGCUGUCAGCAGAAGACAACCUGAGGAGCCCGCAGGAAGAGCCAGGUUUAUUCAGGAGGUGCAUAUAAAGACGCCAGAGGAAAUCAAACUGGAGAAGACCCUGGGGAUACAGCGAAGCUCUGAGUGCAGUGCCAGCUCCCCGCCUCAAGAAGGGACAACGAGGCAGCUCCACAUUGCCAAAAGAGCAGGCACAAAAGAGAAAAAACUCGAGCUCGAAGACAGUGACAUUGCUUCUCAGAGCAGUGUGACUAAGACAAGGGCUAGUGGGACUUCAGAUGAGACCAUAAGCGAUACCACAAAAAGACACUGUCAGACAAAGAGAGAGAGAGAGACAGACAGACAGACAGACAGACAGCAGGAGACUGGAGCCUCACAGAAGGAGAAGCAAGCCUUGACACCUGCCGGAGUCUGGGCCUCCUACUAUACCAGCGUGGUGGGGAAGCCAGUGUUCACUGCUGUAUCAGGCAUCAACAGGGCUCUGGCUAAGCGGCUCCCCAUGGAAUCGUCUCAAAAGCAGUAGGGAGAAAACUCUGGAAUCGGGGACUCAAUACUGAAUGUGACAUGUACAGCACAGACUUUGGGAAAAACGAGUAACGCCAAACCCAAAGUAAAUCAGAAACCAGGUGUGGUCAAGGUUGUUUCAUCUCCCAAACUGGCUCCAAAAUGUAAGGCAGUGGAGGUGUACCCUGCUGUCAUUGGAGCUGUGAAGCCGCUCAGUGCCGGCAGUGUCCUGCAGCAAAGCCCCACCAAGAAAGCAACUGUGGCUGUGGUCCCACUUCUCUCUGAAGAUAAGUCCAUCGCCAGGGAGACACAAAACCCUAAGGACAGUUUUGGGCUGCCUUCAACCCGGUCUUCUUCAGAACCCUUACUCCCAGAAGGAUCUGGUCCUUCCUCAUCCCAGGUGGUAUCCAAACGCCAACUGAGCUCUGCCUUAACAGGAAAGCCUCCACUCUCCAUGGAAGAUAAUUUUGAGAAACUAAUAAUUUUGAGAAUUUCCUGGGAAAUUUCAAGAGGCAAAUUAGAAGCUGAGAUCAACUUGGAUCCUGGGAGAGAUGAAGAUGUCCUUCUGCUUGAGCUCUCAGAGAUGAUUGACAGCUGA